UGGGAACCGCACAGCUUGUCCUGACAGCUCCGGUGCAGCCCAGCUGGGCGUUCCCACGCAGCGCAGCUGGCAGAGCAGGGCCCCCGAGGAUGGGAAAACCAACAGACUGAACAGCUGUGCUGAGUCCUGUAGAAGUGGAGGGAUUGCAGGCUGGGGGCUUGGAAAAGAGAGUCCUAGGAGGCCUCACACCUAAAUCUGAACUCCUGGCUUCUGAGUUUUGAAAUAGGACAGACUUGAGCCCAGGACUCCUAAGUCCCCGGGAGGAAGUCAGGUGAGAGGCUGUUUUUCCAGACACCUGACACAGCUUCCCUUUCCUGGCACUCUGGGGCCACGGGAUGGAAAAAUGGAGAGCCUGGGAUCCCCAGAGCAUUCAGAGAAGGAAAACAGCCAAAGGCCUGGCCCAGUCGCCAGUCCCCACCUCAGCACCUCGAGGCUUCUGGGCUCUAUCUGAAAACCUGACUGUGGUGGAAGGGUCGACAGUUAAGCUGUGGUGUGGCGUCAGGGCCCCCGGCAGUGUGGUGCAGUGGGCUAAGGAUGGGCUGCUUCUGGGUCCAAACCCUAAGAUUCCAGGCUUCCCAAGGUACAGCCUGGAAGGAGACAGUGCUAAAGGUGAGUUCCACCUGCUUAUUGAAGCCUGUGACCUCAGCGAUGAUGCGGAGUACGAGUGCCAAGUCGGCCGCUCCGAGUUGGGUCCCGAGCUCGUGUCUCCCAGCGUAAUCCUCUCCAUCCUAGUUUCCCCCAAGGUGCUUCAGUUAACCCCUGAGGCAGGAAGCACAGUUACCUGGGUAGCUGGACAGGAAUAUGUGGUCACCUGUGUGUCUGGGGAUGCAAAGCCAGCACCUGACAUCAUCUUCAUCCAGGGUGGACGCACGGUAGAGGAUGUCUCCUCCAGCGUGAAUGAGGGAUCAGAGGAGAAACUCUUCUUCACGGAAGCCGAAGCCAGGGUGACACCCCAGAGCUCAGAUAAUGGGCAGCUGCUAGUCUGCGAGGGGUCCAACCCAGCCUUGGCCACUCCCAUAAAGGCUUCGUUCACCAUGAAUAUCCUGUUCCCCCCAGGACCUCCUGUCAUUGAUUGGCCAGGCCUGAAUGAGGGGCAUGUACGGGCAGGGGAGAACCUGGAGCUACCCUGCAUAGCCAGAGGUGGAAAUCCACCUGCGACCCUGCAGUGGCUGAAGAAUGGUAAACCAGUGUCCAUAGCUUGGGGCACAGAGCAUGCCCAGGCAGUGGCUCACAGUGUGCUGGUGAUGACCGUUCGACCUGAAGACCACGGAGCUCGGCUCAGCUGUCAGUCCUACAACAGUGUGUCUGCAGAGACCCAGGAGCGAAGCAUCACUCUGCAGGUCACCUUUCCCCCCAGUGCCGUUACCAUCCUGGGAUCUACAUCACAGUCUGAGAACAAAAAUGUGACCCUUUGCUGCCUUACCAAGUCCAGUCGCCCACGGGUCCUGCUGCGAUGGUGGUUGGGUGGACGGCAGUUGCUGCCCACGGAUGAGACAGUCAUGGAUGGCCUGCAUGGUGGCCACAUCUCCAUGUCCAAUCUGACACUCUUGGUGAAGAGAGAAGACAAUGGCCUGUCCCUCACCUGCGAAGCCUUCAGUGAUGCCUUCAGCAAGGAGACCUUCAAGAAGUCACUCACCUUGAAUGUAAAAUACCCGGCCCAGAAGCUGUGGAUUGAGGGACCCCCAGAGGGGCAGAGCAUCCGGACUGGAACUCGGGUGAGGCUGGUAUGCUUGGCCAUUGGAGGCAACCCAGAGCCCUCCCUCACCUGGCUUAAGGAUUCGCGCCCGGUGAACGAUCCUCGGCAGUCUCAGGAGCCCCGGCGUGUGCAGCUGGGCAGUGUGGAGAAGUCCGGCAGCACUUUCUCCCGCGAGCUGGUGCUGAUCAUAGGCCCGCCGGACAACCUAGCCAAGUUCUCCUGCAAGGCGGGUCAGCUCAGUGCGUCUACGCAGCUGGUGGUGCAGUUCCCCCCAACAAACCUGACCAUCCUGGCCAACUCGUCCGCACUGCGCCCAGGCGACGCCUUGAACUUGACCUGCGUCAGCAUCAGCAGCAACCCUCCAGUUAACUUGUCUUUGGACAAGGAAGGAGAGAGGCUGGACGACGUGGCUGCAAAACCCCAGAGCGCCCCAUUCAAAGGCUCCGCUGCAUCCAGGAGUGUUUUUCUUCGGGUGUCAUCCCGAGACCACGGUCACCGGGUUACCUGCCGGGCCCACAGCGAGGCACUUCGUGAAACCGUGAGCUCUUUCUACCGCCUCAACGUGUUAUACCCUCCAGAGUUCCUGGGAGAGCAAGUGCGGGCAGUGACCGUGGUGGAGCAGGGCCAGGCACUGCUGCCUGUGUCCGUGUCUGCUAACCCCGCCCCCGAGGCCUUCAACUGGACCUUCCGAGGCUACCGCCUCAGCCCAGCUGGGGGUCCCCGGCACCGCAUCCUGUCUGGAGGGGCACUGCAGCUGUGGAAUGUAACCCGAGCUGACGAUGGCUUUUAUCAGCUACACUGCCAGAACUCGGAGGGCACCGCCGAGGCGCUGUUGAAGCUGGACGUGCAUUAUGCUCCCACCAUCCGUGCCCUGAAGGACCCUACUGAGGUGAAUGUUGGGGGUUCUGUGGAUAUAGUCUGCACCGUCGAUGCCAAUCCCAUCCUCCCAGAGAUGUUCAGCUGGGAGAGACUGGGGGAAGACGAGGAGGAACUGAACCUGGACGACAUGGAGAAGAUGUCAAAGGGAUCCACAGGGCGUCUGCGGAUUCGCCAGGCCAAGCUGUCCCAGGCUGGCGCUUACCAGUGCAUCGUGGACAACGGGGUGGCUCCCGCAGCCAGAGGACUGGUUCGUCUUGUUGUCCGAUUUGCCCCCCAGGUGGAUCAUCCUACUCCCCUGACGAAAGUGGCUGCUGCUGGGGACAGCACCAGCUCAGCCACACUCCACUGCCGUGCCCGGGGGGUCCCCAACAUCGACUUCACUUGGACCAAAAAUGGGGUCCCUCUGGAUCUCCAAGACCCCAGGUACACAGAGCACAAGUACCACCAGGGUGUGGUCCACAGCAGCCUCCUGACCAUUGCUAAUGUGUCUGCAGCCCAGGACUAUGCCCUCUUCAAAUGCACAGCCACCAAUGCCCUUGGUUCAGACCACACCAACAUCCAGCUCGUCAGCAUCAGCCGUCCUGACCCUCCACUGGGGCUGAAGGUUGUGAGCGUGAGCCCUCACUCGGUAGGACUGGAGUGGAAACCUGGCUUUGAUGGGGGUCUGCCUCAGAGGUUCCAAAUCAGGUAUGAGGCCCUCGAGAGCCCAGGAUUCCUCUACAUGGAUGUCCUGCCUGCACAGGCCACCACCUUCACACUGACUGGGCUGAAGCCUUCUACACGGUACAGGAUCUGGCUGUUGGCCAGCAAUGCCCUGGGGGACAGUGGAUUGACGGACAAGGGGAUCCAGGUCUCCAUCACUACCCCAGGCCUGGACCAGGCUCCUGAAGACACAGACCAGCCGCUGCCCACAGAGCAGCCUCCGGGACCCCCGAGGCUGCCCCUGCUGCCUGUGCUCUUUGCGGUUGGUGGUCUUCUGUUGCUUUCCAAUGCCUCCUGUGUUGGGGGACUCCUCUGGCGGAGAAGACUGAGGCGCCUUGCUGAGGAGAUCUCAGAGAAGACAGAGGCAGGGUCGGAGGAGGAUCGAAUCAGGAAUGAAUAUGAGGAGAGUCAGUGGACUGGGGACCGGGACACAAGAAGCUCCACGGUUAGCACAGCAGAAGUGGACCCACACUACUACUCCAUGAGGGACUUCAGUCCCCAGCUUCCCCCAACACUGGAAGAGGUGUCAUAUCGCCAAGCCUUCACAGGUAUUGAAGAUGAGGACAUGGCCUUCCCCGGACACCUGUAUGACGAGGUGGAGAGAGUCUAUGGCCCACCUGGGGUCUGGGGACCCCUCUAUGAUGAAGUACAAAUGGACCCCUAUGACCUUCGCUGGCCUGAGGUCAAAUAUGAGGACCCAAGGGGAAUCUACGACCAGGUGGCGGCAGACAUGGAUGCUGGGGAGCCUGGUUCUCUGCCCUUUGAGCUGAGGGGACAUCUGGUGUGAGACUCUUCACGACACCUGUUUCCUACAGCCUUGGAGAAGACCUGAGGAAAUCCGUACAAAUGACAAGAAGACUCCAGCUGACAUCUGGGAUGACCAAGACUCCUUUCAUUGUAAUGGGGCUUCUCCCAAGAGACACAAUCAUUUGGAAAUGACAUUUGAACAAUGAAAAUCUAUUUAGGGAUCAUUAUACUUUUCAAAAGUAAAAAUUUUAGAAGUAGGAAAGAUCUAUUAAAAAUCCUAUUCCAAGGGGCUGGAGAGAUGGCUCAGUGGUUAAGAGCACUGACUGCUCUUCCAGAGGUCCUGAGUUCAAUUCCCAGCAACCACAUGGUGGCUCACAACCAUCCUUAAUGAGAUAUGAUGCCCAUUUCUGGUGUGUCUGAAGACAGUUACAGUAUACUCAUAUACAUAAAAUAAAUAAAUCUUUAAAAAAUUUCUGUUCCAAGCCAAAGGAUGCCCCAGUGGGAGAACAUAUGUUUAGCACGUGUGAGAUUUUGGGUUGCAGGUUGCAGCCAGCCCUGGCAUUACAUGCACAUACAAAGCUGGACAUGCUGACCCAUCCCUGUCAUCCCAGCUCUGUGGGAGGCUGAGGCAGGGGAAGCACAAGUUCAAAGCCACUUAGGAACUGGAAAGAUGGGUCAAGAGUUGAGAGCUCUAACAGUAGCUACUGCCCUUGCAGAGGCCCUGACUUUGGUUCCCAGCACCCAGAUCAGGUGGCUCACCGUCACAUUUUCAUCCCUAGGGAAUUUGAUGCUUUCUUCUGACCUCCAGGAGCACCUGCACUCCUGUACACAUAGACACAUAUAUACACAAUUACAAAUAAGAUAAAUCCAACCUGUGUGGUGGCCCACACCUUUAAUCCUAGCAGAAUUUGAGAAGCAGAAGCAGGGGGGAUUUCUAUAAGUUUAAGGCUUACAACUUAGUGAGUUUUGAGCUACAUAGUGAAACCCCGACUCAAAUGUUAAUUUUAAAAGCUUCAGAAUUAAAAGGGGGCAUGACUCAGUGGUAGAGCCCCUGCCUAGAAUCCCCCAGUGAGGGGCUGGGGGCGUGGCUCAGUGGUAGAGCCCCUGCCUGGAAUCCCCCAGUGAGGGGCUGGGAUGUGGCUCAGUGGUAGAGCCCCUGCCUAGAAUCCCCAGUGAGAGGCUGGGGGCGUGGCUCAGUGGUAGAGCACUUGCCUGGCAUGCUCAAAGCUCUGAAUUCUAUCCCAAAAACAAAACAAAAACCCCAGUCCAUUUUAAGUUCAGUUACAUAUGAAAUAGUUAAUAUUAAUAAGCAAAAUUAUAGACCAUUGUCAGAUCUCAGCUGGUUUUGUUUUAUUUUCCACAGUUUGUGAAACAUAAACGAACUGAUGCAUGCAAGAAGGAACAUAUUGUAGCAAAAGGAUAUAGUUGUCAAAGAAUGGACAUUUAUGGGCAAAGCUUAGAGACCACGCACUAGUGUAUACUUAGAAUUAGAGGGUAUGGUAACUUCAAUUUAUUUUCAAAAUUAAAAAAAUGCACGUUUAUAGAUACAGAAAAGGGUGAGCUCAGACUCAAAUGUUGACACUGGAGGAAUGUAGGUAAUGCAGAAUGAAAGUUAAAAUUGAAGAGUUGAUGGACCGAUAAGUGAUGACGUCACAGAAGCAAGAACACAAUUGGCGGCUGGGUCUUAGGGGCCGUGGAAUUCUAGAUGUUCCACUUUGGAAAAAAAAUAUUCAGAACACACUUAUUUGCUUGUCUCUCUGUGUGUGUGUGUGUGUGCACGCGCGUGCCACAUAUACACGCCCACACGCCUGACAGUGUAUGCCACACAAAAUAAAUAAAAUGUAAAAAUUAAAGAGUA